GAUCUGUUUUCUCCAUUGAUUAGCAGCGAUCUGCAAGUCAACAUAAAUACAGGACAAAAACCCUGUGACAACAGCACUGGACGUAGCACCAGGUCUGCAACAACAAUUCUACAUUAAUGGGAAGCAUUAAUUCAUCACAAGAACCUAUCGCUGGAGCUGAAGGAGGUUUAUUUGGUGUUUAGGAAGGGGAUACACAGUCUGAAAUCAGACGAGGGUGUGGAGAAUCUGCCAGCCACAACGUGAUAUAUUUCCAGGGCCCUCACAUUCAACGCUUGAUCAAAAGCAUUUCUGUUGCUAGCUAAUGAUAUUGCAAUUCGUGUGAAUUGGUGUCCAAGGAAGGGGUUCCAACUCACAGUUGAUCAUACAAGUGCAGCAAAAAUCAUAUUGAGACCGGUCUUUCACAGUGCCCUACUGACAUUGGCAGUAUUUGAUCAUAUCAUCAGCAAUCAAGAGUAAGACCUGAGUUGGGCGAUAAUUUGUACCACGAGCUACAGGUGUAUUUCUAAGGAUUUUUGUGUGGACAUUAAGGUUAUGGAUUAUCGGUCCGUUUCUAAUGGGCAUAUUGAAAGCACAAAAUUUAAUUUCCGAGCUGUUUUCAAAUGCACGUAUUAAAGAGCCUCCAAUGUAUUAUCCAGUGUACCCGAAGGAAGAGAUUGACGAGCCACAAGCCUUAAGAAUUGAUUCUGGUUUGUCUCCACGUGAAAAGGUUUCCCAAGUGCUCAGUUGUCUUUCCAACAGUUCAUUGUGUCAGCCAGGUAAGGAUGAACCAUUUUUCAAACGUUGGACAAUUCGAGAUUUUUCAAGGGCUUACAGAUCAGGGGAGGUUACUCCUACAGAGGUGGCAGAGCGCUUUUUAUCUGCAGUUGAGAGAUCCUCAAAGCAAUCUCCAGGGAUGAACAUAUUCAUAAGCUAUGAUUGUGGAGACAUACGUAGGCAAGCUGCUGAGUCAACAUUGCGGUAUAAGAAAGGUGAACCAUUUUCUAUUCUUGAUGGAGUACCAAUUACAGUGAAAGAUGAAAUAGAUUGUUUACCAUAUCCCACUACAGGGGGUACCAAGUGGUUGCACAUGAAGCGCAAAGUGACAGAUGAUGCUACUUGUGUCAAGCGCUUACGUGAAUGUGGUGCAGUGCUUGUUGGGAAGACAAACAUGCAUGAGCUGGGCGUUGGAACCAGUGGAAUAAACCCUCAUUAUGGGACAGCACGGAAUCCAUAUGAUGCUGAAAAGAUUGCAGGGGGCUCUUCUAGUGGAUCUGCUGCAGCUGUAUCUGCAGGAUUAUGCCCUGCUGCACUUGGUGUCGAUGGUGGAGGAUCUGUGCGAAUGCCAGCAGCAGUGUGCGGUGUAGUUGGUUUUAAGCCCACUUAUGGACGCAUACCCCAUUUGGGAGUACUUCCUUUAAAUUGGACAGUUGGAAUGGUUGGCGUGCUUGCUGGAACAGUGGAGGAUGCAGUCAUUGUAUAUACAGCUAUUGCUGGUCAUCUUGCAACCAAUCAGUUGGUCUCAUUGCCGCCUUGCAUAAACUUACCUUUGCUGCAAAAUAGAGAGAGUAUUACUAAUCUCAAGCUUGCAAAGUACACCAAGUGGUUCGAUCAUUGUGAUGAUAUUAUAAGGGAAGCUUGUUAUGAAGCAUUAAAUCGACUUGAAUCUUAUUAUGGAUGUCAGAUGGUGGAGGUUACUUUGCCAGAGUUGGAGGAAAUGCGCCUUGCUCAUUAUGUAACAAUUGGUUCUGAAAGUGAUGCAUCAUUUGGUCUUGAUUUUGAGAAAUUGGGUGUGAGGAGAUCGAGUGGAGACACAGAACUUGCAUUCCAUGUGUACAAAAACUUUACUAGCCGCGAGUUCCUUAAUGCACAACGGCUUAGGUUUCGUCAAAUGUAUAUGCAUAUGGAGAUUUUUAAAAGGGCAAAUGUGAUAGUCACUCCUACAACGGGAGUAACUGCAUAUCAUGUUCAGCCUGAUACCCACAAAUGUGGUGAAUUGGAUUAUAAAAAUGGCGCUGCAAUGUUACGGUUUCAGAUAGCAGGAAAUUUUCUUGGGCUUCCAGCAAUUACUGUACCGGUUGGAUAUGACAAUUUUGGAAUGCCCAUUGGUCUUCAAUUUGUUGGUUGCCCAUGGUCUGAAUCAACUCUACUUCACCUAGCGAAUGCAAUGGAGGGAUUAUUCCAACAAGAACAGAGAAAACCAAAAGUCUUCUACAAUCUGCUUGAUUGAAAAGAAAAUCUUGUUGGCCUCCAUUGAUAUUUAUAUCUUUUCUAUUGCACAUUUUCAUAGUACUGUUGAAACUACAUUGAUAUAGACCCAUGUUUAAUUGUUGCAAACAUCUAUAUAUGGAUACACUACUCUUCAAAAUUAUAGGUUUUAUUAUAAAUCUCUUAUAAAUUAUGCAUUGUUUUCAUGUUCUGCAUGAACUUGGAAAGAUAAAUAAAUAUAGCAACAAAGAAGUCUAAUUA